AUGACAGAAGAAGAGACAGACAUGCUCCAAGAAGAGGGGACAAGUGUUACUAAGUCUUUCCAGCACAUCUUUCAAGGCUUGUGUGUCCUCAGAAGUCACUUCCCACCAAAGUACAGAUUGGAAAGAUGCCAAAAAGUAAAAGGAAUAUGUAAAACAUUUUGUGAUCAUGUUGAGUAUGAUUACGGAUACUGCAUUAAAUGGAGAAAUCAGUGCUGCAUAUAA